AUGCCAAUAAGACCAGAUCUCCAGCAGUUGGAAAAAUGCAUUGAUGAUGCUUUAAGAAAAAAUGAUUUCAAACCUUUGAAAACACUUUUACAAAUUGAUAUUAGUGAAGAUGUGAAGAUUAAAUGCAGCAAACAGUUUUUCCACAAGUUGGAUGACCUUAUAUGCAGGGAACUUAAUAAAAAGGAUAUCCAAAAUGUUUCAAUCAUUUUGAUUUCCUUUGGAAGAUGUGGCAAAAAUAUCAGUAUUUUGGGGCAAGUUGGACUUCUAACUUUGAUAAAACAAGGACUAGUGCAAAAGAUGGUUACCUGGUUUGAAAAAUCCAAGGAGAUAAUUUUGAGUCGAGGAAAUUCAAAAGAUGAAGCUGUUAUAAAUAUGAUAGAAGACUUAUUUGAUCUUUUGAUGGUCAUAUAUGGCAUCAGUGAUGAAGGUAAAAAGCAAGUAGUGGAAAGUUUCGUACCUCGAAUUUGUGCCCUGGUUAUUGACUCAAGAGUGAAUAUUUGUAUUCAGCAGGAGACUCUAAAAAAAAUGAAUGCUAUGCUUGACAAAAUGCCUCAAGAUGCCAGGAAAAUACUCAUUAACCAAGAAAUGUUAAUUCUCAUGAAUAGUAUGGGAGAAAGGAUUUUAGAUGCUGGAGAUUAUGACUUACAAGUAGGUAUCGUAGAGGCUUUAUGUAGAAUGACAACAGAAAAACAAAGACGAGAACUGGCAUGUCGGUGGUUUUCAAUGGAUUUUAUUGCUAAUGCAUUUAAAGGAAUUAAAGACUCUGAAUUUGAAACAGAUUGCAGGAUUUUUCUCAACCUCGUAAAUGGAAUGCUUGGAGACAAAAGAAGGGUCUUUACAUUUCCUUGUUUAUCGGCAUUUCUUGGUAAAUAUGAGCUGCAAAUACCAUCAGAUGAAAAACUUGAGGAAUUCUGGAUAGAUUUUAAUCUUGGGAGCCAGACUCUAUCAUUCUACAUUGCUGGAGAUAAUGAUGACCAUCAGUGGGAAGCAGUCACUGUGCCUGAGGAAGAAGUACAGAUAUACAGCAUUGAAGAGAGAGAAUCGAAGAAGCUGCUGACCAUAAUUCUGAAAAAUAUUUUUAAAAUUAGUAAAAGAGAAGGGAAAGAAUUGAUUUUGUAUUUUGAUGCUUCAUUAGAAAUCACUAAUGUGACACACAAAAUUUUUGGUGCAAAUAAACAUAAGGAAUUUACCAGAAAACAGGGCAUUUCAGUUGCCAAAACAUCUAUGCAUAUACUUUUUGAUGCAACUGGAUCCCAGAUUCUGGUGCCAGAAAGUCAAGUCUCACCUGUUACAGAACUUGUUAGUUUGAAAGAAAACCCUAAUUCCCAAAAGGAAUUUGUUAAACCUCCAGAAUACAUCAAAAAUAGUACUCAAGGGGACAGAAAAACUAGUCAGUCUGAGAUAAUCACUCCUAGCAAAAGAAAAAUGUCUGAAGCCUCAAUGAUUGUUACUGGUGCAGAAAUAUACAACACGAGAAGUCCGUUACAUUCACUCGAGACAUCAACACCACGAAAAGGAAAAAUGAAACUACCACUGCAAGUAAUGAGCUCUGCAGAGAAACCCGGUGUUUCCAGAACAUUGGAAACUGAAAUGGAUACUGCUGUAUCACAUCAGUCUAAGUCACCUGCAGGAGGAAGAAGAGAUGACACAGACAAACAUAUCAAAACUGCUAAGACUGCAAAAAAGAUAGAAAAAAAGGACAUUGAAUUCCUAAACGAAAAUUUUAGUGUUUCAUACAACAUUCAUGGAAAUAAAACACCCUCUAGAUGGGCAUGUUGGACACCUGUAACAAAUAUUAAGCUGUGUAAUAAUAACCAGAGAGCAAGUACUUCACAAGGGGACACAUUUAUUCAAGAUACUGCUAUCAACAAAAAAGUUACUAAACAAAAAUCAUCCUCUUCAGUAUCUGAUGAUAAUUCUAAAGAAACAGGAAAGGUGGACUAUAAGAAAGAAAUAAUGCAGCACAGCAAAAUAGAUAAAGCAGUAGACGUUUGCAGAAUAAACAGUCAACAACUAAACCAACCUUCAGAGCAGAAAAAUAUUAAAAAUACCAAGCAGUGUGAUUUGCAUAUUAAAUCUGAAACUACUUUUAAAUCAGUUCUCCUAAAUAAGACAGUUGAAGAAUCUCUCAUCUAUAGGAAGAAAUACAUACUAUCAAAAGAUGUGAAUGCUGCUACUUGUGAUAAAAGUCCUUCUCCUAGUAAAAAUGCAAAGAGUCACAGGAAAUCAAGGAAAAGAUUAACAUCUGAACUUAAUUCCUGGGAUUUGAAACAAAAAAAAAUGAGAGAAAAGUCAGAAGGGAACACAUUUACUGAUGCUGCAGAAUCCUUGAUAAACCAAAUUAAUAAGAGAUACAAACUAAAGGAUGAUAGACGGUCUUCAAGAAAACUAAAUGAGUCUUUGAUCAACAGUGGUUUUUCAAACAAAUCUGAUCUACAGCUCAGCAAGGAAAAGGGUCAGAAAAAAACCUAUAGACAACUAAAGACUACUUUUGUUAAUGUUUCUUCUGAACACCCAUUGAAUGAUGUUUACAAUUUUAAUGUGAAUGGAGCUGAUGAGCCUGUUAUAAAACUUGGAAUCCAGGAAUUUCAAGCUACAGCUAGAGAAGCCUGUGUGGAUAAUUCAAUAAAAUCGGUUGGUUUAAGGAAUCAUGAUGAACUUGAACCUUCUCUCAAAACAAAAGAUAAAAGAAUUGUAACAAGUCAUAAAAAUAAAAAACUCUUUAGUGAUUCUGACACAGACUACAGAGGUGAUGAUGGCACGACCGACAUUAGCUGGCUAAGAGAGCCAAAAUCAAAACCGCAGCUAAUAGAAUACAGCAGAAAUAAAAGUGUGAAGAAGAAAAAGAAAAGUGGGAAACCAAGACCAUCUUUGGAAAGGGAACAACCAAGGUCUAAAAUGACACCCAAGAAAAACAUCACCAAAAAGGUAGAUGAGACCAUUCCAGAUGGGAGAACCAGACUUCCACGGAGAGCAGCAAACACCAAAAAAAAUUAUAAAGAUCUCUCAAAUUCAGAAUCAGAAUGUGAACAAGAAGGUUCACAAUCAUUGAAAGAAAAAUUGCUAGUAAAGGAGGAGAAUAUCCAUUCCAGAAGCAAAACCAUGAAGCUGCCAAAGAAACAGCAGAAUACCUUCUCUGUGGCGACACAAAAGAAUAUAUCAAAAGAAUGGGCAAGCUCAUCUCUACUAAAAAAUAGUACUAUAAGAGAUAAUAGCCUUGACUUAUCUCCUGUAUCUUUAUCUGGGAGUCCAUCAUCUAUAGAAGUCAUGAGAUGGACAGAGAAAACAACAGAAAGGGAUUUUACUCAGGAUCAUGACUGUGUAACAAAAUCCAUAUCACCUGCAAAAACUUCAUCACCUGACUCCUCCAACGGUAAAUAUGGAGUUGGAGGUCCAAUAACGUCACUGAAAAACGGUGAGAAAAAUUUACUAUGUGCAAGAGAAAGUUGCUCACCAAUUCCACAGUCAUUCUCUUCGGAAAGUCAUUCAGCAUCUGCAUUAUCCAUGUCUAGUGAAGAAGAGAAAAUAAGAUCUGACCUGCCUUGUAACUCUGUUCAUGUAUCAGGCCCUACACACCAUCUUAGUCGCAAACGAAUGUACAUAGAAGAUAUCAAUCCUGAUGAAGGAGGAUUGGAAGAGGAAGGGAGAGCAAACUUGCUUCCCCAAAAACUGUCUAAAACGGAAAAUGCAGAUCAUCACUGUCACAAAACGUCUGAAAGUACAUCUCCGUUAUCAACAAAUGAGCUUCCUGUUCCCGGGAAGAACGUGGGAACAGAGAUUUCAGAUGAGCAGUUCAGUUCAGAAUCUAAGAAGAAAUUUAAUAUUCGCCACAAACUGAUGGAUUAUUUUACAAAGCAGACUUGGAAAACAGCUCAACAACACCUGAAAACAAUGAACCAUCAUAUUCAGGAAUACAGGAUCAAAAAACUUGAUAAAUUCCAGUUCAGCAUCAUAAAAGAGUUGGAGAAUUUUGAAAAAGAUUCACAGUCUUUAAAAGAUUUAGAGAAGGAAUUUGCGGACUUUGGGGAAAAGACAGUUCAGAAGUUGGGUGCCUAUCAAAAAAAUGAACAGGAGAGGCUUCACCUUUUGAAAGCCUCAUUGGACAAAAAUGUCUUCUACAACACUGAUCGGGAAGAAACUAUUUGUGUAUCUGAGAUGUGCUCCAUGAAAACAAACAUGAGAGUCCUGCAAGACAGGCUUCUUAAGGAGAUGCAAGAAGAGGAGCUGCUCAAUGUCCGCAGAGGGCUGUUUUCAUUAUUCAUGGCUUGUGAAGGAAACGUCAACGUGGAGAUCUAG